AUGAACUCAAAAUUUAUUAAUCCCCUAUAUUCAUUAAUUAAUUUAUCCCUCGAAAUUCCUUGUCGUGGUGAAAAUUGGAAAAUCUUUAUUCUAUUGAUUAGGAUUAUCAGUAUGAUACCUUCAAUAAGUGAUUCUUUUUUAAAAGAUAUUAUUGAGAUAAUUAAUUCAAAAUAUAUUUCAUUUGAUUUAUUUGUCCAGAAUUGUUGUUCUUCAAAUUUACAACAAUUGUCAUUUUUCAUGUUUCUUUUAUCAAGAAUUGAUUUAUCAAAACAAAAAAAAUAUCUUGGUAAUAAAUUAUUUCAAAUAUUAAAUUCUAGAAAUAAUGAUGGUCAUUCAGAAGAAAGAAUAUUUUCAUAUAUUUUACAAAACCAAAUUCAUGAUCCAGUCCUUAUGAACCCAAUUUUUAAACCAUCUGACGUAUGUUAUAAAUGUUCUGAGACUGGUUUGAAAAAUAAUCUAGAAAUAGGUGAAAAUUGGUUUAGUAUGGUACAAUUUAUUAAUGAUAAGAUAUAUUUGUGGAGUAAUUUAGGUUUAUGUAUUGAAUUCCACAGACCUUUUAUUCAUACCUUCAAAAAUUUAAAAGAAGAAAUUAUAUUCCAGUUACAAGAUGAAACAGCAAUCGAAUUAAUUAAUUGCAAUAAAUUUUCAGAUCAAUUCAAGAAAAUUUUAAAGAAAAUUAAAUACUUCUAUUUAGUAUUCGAUAAUUCUUUAAUUAAGGACGAAUUUUUUACUCUUUGUAAAAAAAGACAAAAAAUCAGUCAAUCAAUUGGUAUUAUUUCAUUAAAUUAUUUGGAUUUUGAAGAACAAGAACAAGACUCUGAUAUAACUAAUGGUGGUGGUGUUGCUGUCACUGCCGACAAUGAUGAAAUUAUUACAAGUUUGCCCGAAGUAAUUAAUGAUAUGGUUAGUAAAAAAAUAAAUUUAAACAUUCCACCUUCGAUUCAAAUGAUUUCAAAGCCUUCAACACAACUUAGAACUCCAGAUGAUUCAGAUCAAAGAGAAAAAUCCGAUGAAUGGAAAAUCAAUGAAACACCUUUAGAGACUCAUUGGAUGGGUAUACAGAAACAACAAUAUAAUAAUGAUGAUGAUGAUGAUGAUGGUGAUGGUGAUGGUGAUUAUAUUACAACUUCAAAAAAUGAACCUUCAAAUGGUCAAGAUCAAAGUUCAAAUAAGGCUGGAAAUAUGACAGAUAUUUCAAAAACAAUUGUAAGUAAUAAUAACACUAAAGUUUUACCUGAAGACACAGAUAAAUUUUCCUUAGAAAUAACAAAAUGUCAAACAAAUACAACUAAUCAUAAAAUUCAAAAAGACGAAAAAAGGGUUCCCGAAGUAAACAAAAAAACAGAAGUGAUAAACAAUAACAAAAAGAAUAUUAGUAUCCUUAAUAAUAUUUUUAAAGUAGAUGUUAAGAAACCUAAUAAAAGACUUAAGAAUAAAGUUUCUAAGAAAAAAACUACUGCUCCUAGACAAAAGAAAUUAUCGAAUGUUCAACAAAUUAUAACAAUUCCUUCCCAGGAUGUUACAACAAAAGUUAAAAAGCCUACCAUAUCUAUCCCAUCGGUUGAAAAAGAGAAAUACAAUGGUCCGGUAUUAAGAACAAGAGCACUCAACAAAAGAAAUGAAGUUCCUAAUUCGAAGGAAACUGUCUCAAGCAAGACACCCAAAAAGGCAAUCACAAAGAAACAGAAACUUAUUAAUCCUACCAUCGAAUCUGCAAUGACUACAUCAGAAUCAAAAGAUGGUAUAAUAAUUGAAUCUACCAACAACAGUGUCCUCAAUAAUAACGAAGUAACAAAACAUGAUCAUACGAUAGAUGAUAAAGAAAAAGUGCAUGUCCUUCAGGAAUCAACGACGAUCGUAAACAUGACACCUUCGAAUGUAUUAAACGCCCCAACUUGCAAUUCAUCCUUAUUGGACGCACAUGAUUUCACAAACGAAUUGCAAGCACAAAUCAACCGCUCAGUAGCUGUAUUUUCAAACGAACUUACCAGAAAGUUGCAAAUAAUAAAUGAUGAGAUGAAUAAUAGAGUUCUUAAAGACUUAUCAACAAAAUAUCAAGGUUUAAUAGAAGAAGUUCAAACAAAGUUUCAUAGUGAAACAGAAAGGAUCCUUCAAUUUGUAUCUAACUUUCAACAUUUGUUGCUACUUCCAGAGGAUGAAUUAAGGAACUCGAUAAGAAACAGUUGUGGUCCAUCAAAGGAGAAAUGA